UUGUUUGGUGUGAGUAUGGUUGUUCCUUUACUGAACCUGCACAUCAAAUCACUAGGGGCAAGUCCUACAGUUGCUGGAAUAAUAGGCUCUAUCUAUGGUGUAAUGCAGCUCUUUUCAAGCACAUUUGUGGGCUGCUGGAGUGAUAUAGUCGGAAGACGAUACUCCCUGCUUGCCUGCGUUCUUCUAAGUGCCCUGGGUUACCUCCUUCUUGGAACAUCCACCACCAUAUUCCUGUUUGCCAUUUCUAGGGUCCCUGUAGGUAUUUUCAAACACACGCUUUCCAUUUGUAAGGCCUUACUUUCCGACCUGGUGUCGGAGCGAGACCGUCCCCUGGUGAUCGGCCGCUUCAAUGCAGCCUCCAGCGUGGGCUUCAUACUGGGCCCGGUGGUUGGUGGCUACUUUACGGAGCUGGAGGGUGGCUUUUAUAAAUCAUCCUUCAUCUGUGCCUCUAUCUUCAUUCUCAAUGCUGGUCUUGUUUGGGUGUUACCAUGGAGAGAAGAAAACACAAGUGACCGUGCACAAGGAACCAGUAGCAGCAAAGUCACAGAAAAUUUCUCAAUAAAAACGAAUCGUGACCUGCRGUUCCAGCCAGUAGCUACUAGGUCUGUGGCAAGUGACAGUCCCUUCCUGUCUUCAUGGAGCCAGACUGCAGCGAUGCUGAAGAGAAUUAAAGACAUUGCGUGCUCUGACUUGUGGGAUAUAUUUCUAAUACGGUUACUGAUGUCCGUUACUAUACUGCUCUACUACAGUAAUUUUGGUCUGGCCUUGGAAGAGCGAUUUGGGGUGAAACCCAAGUUCACCGGCUACCUAAUAAGCUACAGCAGUACCCUGGGAGCCCUGGCCGGCUUUGUGCUUGAACCCAUAACAAAACUCUACCAGCACAACACGUACACCCUUCUGCUGCAUUCCAGCAUUCUCACCUGCUCGCUGAUUCUCCUCUACACAUCYGCGCUUAACGUAUGGACUGUCGUUUUGUCUUCCACGUUCUUAGCUUUCUCCACUACUGUCGGCCGUACKUGUAUCACGGACCUGGAGCUGAGCCUGGGUGGGAACCAGGCCAGCGGGGCGCUCCUGGGUGUAGGGCAGUCCGUGACAUCGGUGGCGCGGAUAGUGGCCCCRCUCCUUUCGGGAAUUGCUCAGGAGUUCAGCCCUUGUGGCCCUCCUGGCCUAGGGGUUGCCCUGGCUCUGGUAGCCAUUCUCAUCAUGAACCUGAACAAACCCAGGUAUUGCGGCAGUGGAAAUGUUAAGUUGAAAACUCAGUAGCUGCAAAUUUGGAUAGAGUGGAGCAUCUUAAAGGAAAGGCAAAGGGAAUUACAGAACCUGGGGUAGUGCUUGCACCUACAGGAUCAUGCAAUCCUAACAGGAUUCUUAAAGGAGGCCCAUUUUGUGUUGAGAUUGAGGCAGGAACCUGUAAAUGUCUUCUGCAGGGUCAUAACUCUGCGUGCGUCUUUGUGACCUGGUGCCACUAGAACCCUUGUGUGUGUGUGCGUGUGUGAGACAGAGAAAUACCUAAUGUUGGUUGUUUUCUUUGUGUGUGUUUUUGUGUGUUUUCAGGACUUUUAACCUUUAUGGGGGAAAAAAAAAAGAUAUGAAAUGGAGAAAUCCCAUUUGUAACUCACUUUUGAAGCAGUGUUUACAUCAAUAGAUUCCAAUAUGAAACAGCUGAUUUUUAUUAUUUAAUCAGAGGUGUAUUUUUUAUUACUUAAAAGAAUUUGCAGUAUAUAACUCGUUAGCCAUCGGUCUGCUGUGGCAGUGGCGUAGCUAGCGGGAUGUUUCUCUAUGUGGUAUCGUGAGGCAAACUUUGCCUGUCACACUUGCUGUGCGGAGUGAUCUGGUGCUUCAGAGCAGCCCUCUGAGCCCUGCAGACCCUUUCCCAGAGAACAGAACGGGGUACAUGCUAACUUCAGCUGUCCUAAAAUAGUUUUAAAAUAAUACAGGCUGCUGACACUGAAAUUGAGCACGUGAACUUUAUUGCAAGUUGCACUAGUGCUUUCUAAUUAAUGAUAACUUCUGGACUUUAUCAUGAUUUUUUUUUWAAUAUUUCCUGAGCAGUUUUUCUACCUUCUAUUUAAAAAUAAAUUUCUUAAUUUCUUUGGUGCCUGUUAAGGGGAUGCUGGAGCAAAUAGCAGUAGUUUAAAGGGAGUUGUGGACUAAUCUGUUCCCUUUCAUCUUUAGAGGCAUAAAUGACAUUUUAGAGACAGAGAAAACUGUUUAUGUGUUGGUGGAGUCAUCAUCGCUUCUCUGUGUGGCCCAACUAAUUUUUCUCUAUGGGAAAAGUUACCCACAGAGCUGCAGUCAGAGUUGUACCACUGACUGCUUGCUGUUUGUUGUUCAGACCCAUAGUACUCAGCAGUCAUCACCUUUUGGGGUUAAAGUUGAAAUACACAGUCCAUUUUUCACUAGAACCAUCAGUCCAUUCUACUUUUCCUAGCAGUGCUUGAUGAAUGUAAAAGACAGCUGUGUGGAAUGUGAUUUUUUUGGUAAAAGCAGUGUAGAUGUCUCCCUGAAGAUCUAUGUGCACAUAAUGUUGCUGCUUCAGGAGAGCGAUAACUUGGCUGUUUUUCUUCCUUUCCCUUUCAAGAUGAUCCUAUAAGAGUUUCCUUGCUGAAACUCCGUGAUUCCAACAGAAACAUCACAAGAAUAGAGUUAAAAAUAUUUUAAAAACUUCAGUUCUUUUAAUUUUGUGUAAUGUUUCUUAUUCCUCAUGUCGUUUCAAUUGAUAGCCUCAUUUUCUGUGUGAUAAAUAAAGCUCACACAGAGGCGUUACCUAUUUUAGUAGUCUGUGUUUCAUUUGUCCUUAUGGACUUGAGGAGUUUUCAAGUUCUUUAAGUUCCCUUCCUUUAGUCAGUGUUUGCCUCAAAGCACUCUCUAUAAAGCGCUCUCUAAAUUUCCCAUCCUAUUUCUUUCCAUUAGUGAAAAUAAACAUUUUUUCCCUAAAAUCACAUUUCUCUAAAACAAAGACUUCUAGUAUGCAACUACAGAAAAAAAAAAAACUCACAGAUUAAUUCAGUAUGUAUAAAAUUGCAAUUUUUGCUAUGUGUCUUGGUUAUAUUAGAUAACAGAUUACAAUUACCCUUCUAGAGCCAAUGCACCAACUAAAGCUAAAUUCUGUAAACACUGUAACUGUAUGGAUAAACUAUACAGCAGCCUGAAUAUUUCUUCUGCAUAUAAACAUAAACUUCCCUGGUUUUGUUUAUGCAUAAUUGAAAAAUGUGAUGUCCA